CGGGUAUAUUGGUGUCGUUUGGCUGGUUUGGUUCUCAUCUCGGCAGCACUCUUCAUCAGUUCGUCCUCGUUCCCCUGUGGAGCUGCGUACGGACGACAUCGCGGCAGACGGGUGGAGCAGCCCCAGUAAUUGGCGGGAGCAACAGCAGUAAUGGAUCGUGAUUGGGGUUCAAAGCCUGGCAGUGGGGGCGCUGCCUCCGCCCAGAAUGAAGCCAUCGACCGUCGUGAGCGUCUCCGCCGACUCGCCCUCGAGACAAUUGAUCUUGCCAAAGACCCCUACUUCAUGCGCAAUCAUCUUGGCAGCUAUGAGUGCAAACUUUGUCUCACUUUGCACAAUAACGAAGGGAAUUAUCUGGCGCACACACAGGGUAAGCGGCAUCAGACCAAUUUGGCUAAGAGAGCAGCUCGUGAGGCCAAAGAGGCACCCGCCCAACCUCAGCCCCACAAGCGUAAAGUCUCCGUUCGCAAGACAGUGAAGAUUGGUAGACCUGGGUACCGAGUGACCAAGCAAUAUGAUCCAGAGACAAAUCAGAGAUCUCUUCUUUUCCAGAUUGAAUAUCCUGAGAUUGAAGACCUAGCAAAGCCAAGGCAUCGAUUUAUGUCUUCUUAUGAGCAGAGAGUGCAACCCUUUGAUAAAAGAUACCAGUAUCUUUUGUGCGCAGCUGAACCAUACGAAAUCAUUGCUUUCAAGGUUCCCAGCACAGAGAUUGACAAGUCAACUCCAAAGUUUUUCUCACACUGGGACCCAGACACAAAGAUGUUUACGUUGCAAUUGUAUUUCAAACCGAAGCCACCAGAGGCAAACAAACCCCAGCCUACCUCAGCAGCCAAUAGCACAGCUGCACCGGGUGUUCCAGCAAGGCCUAUGCCUCCACCAUCUCAAGCUCCACCACCGCCACCUCCUCCGCCUCAAGGCUUACCACCUAGUGUGCUUCUUGGAAAUCCUCCCAGAGCUCCACCACCUCCGAUGCCUGGAUCAUUGCCCCCGCCACCCCCACCUAUGUCAAAUGGCCCUAGAUCUGCAUCUUCUGGUGGAAUUGCUUCUAUCCCACCUCCACCUCCUGUUGCCAGCAGCGCAACAGCAAGUUUCAACAUGGGUACUAGGCCUCCAUCUAUGCCACCUGGGCAAGUUUUUCCCGGACAACAAAUGCAGGGCCAGGUUGCUCAUCCGCCACCGCCGCCGCCUAGAAUGGAUAAUUUAAUGUGAGAGCAACAUGUCUUUCUGGACCAAUGGAGCGAUGCUAUUGGGUUCUAAAUGGGUAGAUGAUUGACUGAGAACUGUAACUAAGCAGUAAGCCCUUUGGUCUGAAGACAAAAGGAACUGUUAGCCAUUUUAGAAUUGUCUGUGUAAUGUUCUUUUGAUCUGCGUCUUCAUUGAUUUUUAAUACAAGUUACGAUUACGAUUUGGGUGUAUAAACUAUAAAGUCAUCUAAUCUAGCAUUGUGCCUAA